GAUGGUCUUAUAUUGCGAUGAGGCCACGCCCGAGACGGCUCCGGAUGAUGUUCUGCUCGUUUGUAUUCGCGAAAUGGGAGAUGAGGAGUCCACUAUACAAAUUCAGACCAGGAGGCUAAAAUAUAGCUGCAUCGAGCUGACAAUGCAAGUGAACGAACACAGCGCCACCGUGCUUGACAACAACAGGAGGUCCGCUAAGCAGCGUGCCGCUCAGGCUAUUCUACAGGCGCUACACCCAACUUUAUUGUCAUAUGGAUCACUACUACGUAAGUACGGAAUAAGAUUCGUCCCAAGAAGCAGCAUGACAAGGCGUCAAAUGAGGCGCAGGAUUCGUGAAAGAUCCCACAGCGAGUCCCGUAUUUUAAGCACUCUCCGCGAUGAAAUGAUCCUAAUACGUGAACGCGACGAGAUCUAUGCUAGGGCGGCUGCCGGUAACUUUCAGUCCUCACUAGAAUAUGAAACUGAUUAAAUGAAACACGGAAGGA